GUCCGUGCGUCCCGACGACAGACACCGAUCCCGUACUUCUCCGGGCGUUUGGAAAAAACCCGAAACUGUCUCACAUGACAACAUCCCGGACCCGACCGUGAGGAGAGACGAUUAAAAGACGGACCGCGCUCGGAGCGCCUUUCCCGAGCUCCUCCGAAGGGGAAUGCCGUGCCCGUCGGCCGCCUCGGUGCUUUAGACGGUAAAUAAACCGUCUUUCUCUCGGUAUGGCGGAGGCACGCGCGGAGGAGGACGAGGAGCGUUUGCGCGAGCCCGGCGGCGCGAGACGGAGCGCAGAGCAUUCAGACAGAAACAAACCCGACCAGCGUCACUCCAGCCAAGGGCCGCUGUCCUCCAUCAGAGCCGUCAUCAAGCGCACAUCGGCGAGAACGAGCGCUCAGAGCGACCAUCAGCGAGAACGCAGGCGUCCAGAAAUCACCAUCCUCUCCGCCGAGCCGCUGCCGUCUAAUACCUGGUUCCCAGGGGCUUCCGGCGCGUUUCCUCCAGCCCCGCCCCCGGCCCCGCCCACGUGGGCUGCAGGCUCUGCGACGGUGCAGCUCCCGCCCCCCUCCUACGAGCAGGUGAUCCGGGAAAAGAGCCGCGAGCAGAAUCUCCGGUCCUCGUCUUCUACGUCUACGUCUCCGUCUCCGUCUUCUUGUCACUCUACCUCCACCAUCGCCACGCAGACGGACACAAACUCCUCUGGCCCACAGUCCUCUGCUUCUCGUCCGGUUCGUAGGCCCCCCAAACCCCCGCGGCCCUCGCUGCCCCUCAAACACACACCUGAAGUGGACCGGUCGAAUCCGAACACCAGUGCUCAGCGCGAACAGUGCGGCGUCCAGACGGACUUUGACGACAUCAUUGACGACAUCUUCGAUGACAUCUCUCCCAUAGGCCCCGCCCCCGGAGCCAUCGGUUCCACCCAGAUCAACCUCGAUUCCCCAGGGGACCCGAUGAAAGAGGAGCCCAGCGUUCGCCCCAGACCUCGGCCCCGUUCCAGAGUCGCCCUGCGACCCGCCGAGGACGUUGCGGACCAGCAGAUGAUGCAGGAGGUCAAAGUUCAGACUCUGGUGCGUCUGAAGGACGAUGGGGCCCAGAAUGCGUUCGCCGGCUUCGGCGACGCUCCGUCCAACAUCUCCAGCAAAUACCUGCAAGACCUGCUGGAGGUGUUUGGUUCGGAUGAAACGAAUGUCCAGCGCGGGGAAAGUCAACAGAGGGAUGCAGGAACUGUACUAGAAGAGGAAACCGCGGCCAUUAUGACACCUAUACCGGCAGAACCGUUAAAUAGACCCAAACCGCGACCUAGAACUCAGAAAUCCAUGCCCCAGCUCACCUCAAAACCAUCUGUCUUUGAGGUUUUUGAUACCAGAGAACCUAGCGGUGAGCAGAACCCCUCCAAACCACCGAGUCCACCAGUGCCAGCACCCAGACCCCUUCUAAACAAACUCCAAAGUCCGCAGAGUCCAGAUCUUCUCCGCCAGGACCGGCCUGACAGCGCUCCUCCAGAGCAGCAGGUGGCAGCGCAGGUCUCUGCUCCACCCGAGAGGAGAAACUCAGAUGAUCAAACUACUAACACUCGAGUGAAGACGCCACCAGUGACUGACCGGAGCGUUGGAAAACGUCUGUCGGCCCCCAAACACUCCCGUCCUCCUCCACCUGUGCUCAGGAAGACGCUGUCCAGCUCACAGGUCGCGGUGGAUGUUUCCGGAAACUCCUCCGUUCCUUCUCUUCCUCCGAGACCCAGUGGUGGCAGACUCCUCCCACUCCGCCCUCCUCCAAUCAAAGUGACCAAACGUCCAGGCUCCUCCUCCUCCCCUGCCGCGACCAAUCAGCUGCCAGGCAGCAGGGUGCCGAAGAGAGGCCCGCCCCUCCCGCCCCGCCCCGGACCAGGACACCCGCUCUACCAGCGCUAUUCUAGCAAAGAGCUGGAGAACACCAGCAAAGACCAAGAGGAACCACCUGAGGAAACAUCUUCACUUGAAGAAGAGCACCUGAUUGUCCUGGAAGACGCAGACGUCCCACAAACGCUGUCAAACACACUCCAGGACCUCUGCUCCUCAGGAGAGGUCAAAGGUCAAGACGUGACUGUCCGUGAGCUUCUCCUGGACGAAGAGCCCUCGGAGCAACCGAUCCAACAAGACACACAGAACAGGAGCGUCGUGGCCCGCUUCACGUUCGAGGGGGAGGAGGGGGAGCUGUCCUUCACUGACGGUGAUGUCAUCACUCUGACGGAAUAUGUAAAUGAGGAGUGGGGGCGUGGCCUCCUGAACGGACGGACGGGAGCCUUCCCUCUCAGCUUCAUCCAGGCCGUGGAGGAGAGCGAACCGUUGCCAAGGAAACCGACUCCGGAAUGUCCGCGGCCCCCGCAGGAGCCGGAGUCAGAGGACGAGCACUUUAUGACUUUACUCCCGCGUGUGAGGACGAGCUCUGUCUGAAGGCAGGAGAUGCGGUGUGUGAUUUGGAGGACAUGGAUGCUGAGUGGUUUCUUGGAGAAUCCGGUGGGAAACGGGCAUUGUCCCUAAAAACUACAUCCAAGUGCUGCUGGACCCCUGAACACGGGCUGUCCCGUCAUGUGCCUGAUGAGUGUUUCUGCAUUUGCCUUACUUAGAUGUAAUACAGUUAAAUGAGGUUAGUGAGGGGAUGUCCUGUACUGUACUGACGUGUGUGUGUGUGUGUGUGUGUGUGCGCGCGGCCAGAUGAACUUGUUUACACUUUUAACCCACAUUAAACUGAUCAGUUAUGUAAA